UCUUCGCACAUCUGCGCCGAGGGUUGAGAGAAAGCCAACACUGUCACUCGACAGAAAAAGCAUGGCACUGGCUACUCAUUUAUCCGCUCCUCCGAGAAGCAAAUCUUUUUUGAGAUUCCAUCAAUCAAUCUCGAAGCCUGAAAUCUCCCCCAUUUCGGUUUGUAGAAUUGGCGGAAACAUUUCUUCUACUCAUCUAAGCUUCAGAGUUGACAAUGUCACAAAAUGGAUGAAGAAGAGAAGAAUUCCUAUUUUAUUUGCUCAACCAUCUGAAGGAGGGGACAUUGUGAAGGACAAAUCUGAAGGGAGUGAUACCAGUGGCAACAAAGGUCCUCCUAUACUGACCAUCUUGGCAGGUUUUCUAGUGCUUUUAUUAGUCUUUUGGGUUCUUGGCUCUAUUGUGACUUGGCUUAUCAGUUUAAUUGUGACCGUAGCACCAUCUAAAUAACCAGUGGAUUCUUCAAUUCCUGGAAUCCAUGUAGAAAAUCUAUUAGUAGGCUUUGUAAUUUGUGAAAUAAAUGUAUCUUCUUCUACUUGGAAUCUUAGAUUACUAGCAUAAGGCAUGUAUGACAAAAGAGUUGCAUCUUUCCCUUUAACGCAAUUCACUUUUUAUAAAGUAGAGAGUUUAGUCCCC